GCGGGGCGCUGCUGCCCCUACUCAAGAUGGCGGCCCUGGGCGGGCGUGGCUAGUGUCCGGAGGCACCGAGGAGGCGCGGGAGCAUGGCGGCGCCCGAGGAGCGGAGAUCGGAGGACUGCGACGAGGAGGAAGAGGAGGCAGAGCAGCUGGUUCUGGUGGAAUUGUCAGGAAUUAUUGAUUCAGACUUUCUCUCAAAAUGUGAAAAUAAAUGCAAGAUUUUGGGAAUUGACACUGAGAGGCCCAUUCUGCAAGUGGACAGUUAUGUCUUUGCUGGGGAAUAUGAAGAUACUCUUGGUACCUGUGUUAUAUUUGAAGAAAAUGUUGAACAUGUUGAAGAAACCGAAGCACAUAGAGUGGACACAGAAGGCAAUAAUAAAACAGUGCUAAAAUAUAAAUGCCAUACAAUGAAGAAACUCAGCAUGACAAGAACUCUUCUGACAGAAAAGAAGGAAGGAGAAGAAACCAUAGGUGGGGUGGAAUGGUUGCAAAUCAAGGAUAAUGAUUUCUCCUAUAGACCCAACAUGAUUUGUAGCUUUCUGCAUGAAAAUGAAGAUGAAGAAGUUGUAUCUCCAGCCCCAGAUAAACCGUUGGAGUUGGAAGAGCAAGAGAUUCAAAUGAAAGACAGCUCAAACCUGAGUUAUGAACAGGAGAAACCACGGCACUUGGAAAUAGAGGAUUCUGGUCCUCUUAAUGAUAUCCCUUCUUCUGAGACAGAAGGUUCUAUUUUUGUGGAAACUCAAGAUGCUGCCUUAGAAAUGACUCCUAGAUGAAAUGUUUCUCAUAAUAAUUAGUUUUGAACUUUAAUUAGAGUUUUUGUGUAAAAUGAUCAGCUGUGUAACUCUUAGUUUUUUAUUUUUUAUUAUUUUUAUUUUUACUUUUUUUUUUCAUUUUAUGUCCUUCAGUCAUAAACUAUUUCAUUGUUUUUGUUGGCUGUACACAUAUUUCCAAUUGUAGCACAACUUAAUAUACCAGAAUCAUUCAGGACCAGACAUGAACUAAAUUUUUAAAAAUAUGGUUUAAAUGACUUUAGGGAGACUUCUCUCAUGAAUCCUUCAAAUUGGAGUGUAUACUAAGCUGGACAGUAUGGGGAACCAAACCUUUGACCUUGGUGUUACAAGGCUGCACCAUGGAGCAUCAAGCUUUUAAGCAAGGGUGGCUUCUGCACUCACCGAGAUGAUUUUGUUCCAAGCUGACUCUUGGAGGCUAAAGACUCCUGAAAUAAGCCUUAUGCUGCCAUGCUGCUGUGCUGUUUCUUGUUCUGUAUCCUGCAAAGUUAAGUGAGCCUGGUGCCAGGUUGGCUUCCAUGAGUCUUACUGGGUCCUGUGGGUGUGAAUGUCAUUCCAAACCCAUGACUUCUGUUGCUGUUCAGGCAGAGAAGGCAUUGCCACUGCCUACCUCUGGCCUUCUUUUACAUGAGAGAAAUAAACUUCUCUCUUAAAUCACUCUGUAAUAGCCAAGCAAUCCGACACAUUAUGUAUUUUUAAAAACUUGAAAAAUAUAAAAAAAGUGUAAAGGAGUGGAAGAUUCUUGAGAUUUGUAAUCUUGCAAAAGAAGCUGAUCUGCACUGUAACGUAGUUCAUCUACCUUAAAUUGAAGAGGAAAA